AUUAUUUUUUUGAGUCAGCUUUUGGGGCGACGAGAGAUCCAACACACAGCGCGUCAUGCGUGGGCAGACAAAAACUCGACGCCCGCUGUUUUCAUCUUACUCAUGCAAAGCUUAAAACAUGGAUAAAUGUAUGUAAACAGCGAAUGGUAAUGCGUCAAUAUAGACAAUGGCAAUUUGCAAACAUUUGUCGCUAUUUGAAAUGCUCAGAACGGCAUACUGUUUCUCAGGAGUCGCCAUGUUGUCAUUCUGUCGUCUUUUGAAGGUCUGGAAGAAAGGAACGGUCUCCAUCUUUGUUUUUUUCUCCCUCACUAAAUUUCCGCUCUCAGUGUUGCCCCUUCGCCACUUUUACUACAAAACGUCAAAACAAAUUGGCAAUAUGUGUCGACGACAAGGAUUACUCCUUAACGACGGUUAAACCGAAAAAGAAAAAAAGGUCUGCACAAAAGGGUGUAUUCGCCAUCCUUUCCGUCGCUGUAGCGUGGGCUAAUGGCGGCCACACAGGCUUUAACGUCUACUGCACGUUUAAAAAAGGGGGCAAUGGCUGCUUGGCUGCUUAGCUUGUAGCUUGUAGCUUAGCUGACUAAAAUCAUCGCAUGCUAAAGGGGAAGAGUCCACCGGGCUCGCCCUGUUGGCGAACAAUUUAUCAUCCUCAGACUAAGAAGAGUGACAUGGAGGUCUUUUUAACAGCCGAUAGAGCCUCCAUUUUUGGUGUUUUUCCAGAGAGACACUAUGCUCUUUCUGACAUUUUGACUACAACUUUUUUGUUGUUGUCACACACUGACUAGCGAAGUGUAAAGUUUUUAACUACUGGAACUCUUAACAAUUCUCCUCUUCUGAGGUGCUUUUGAACAUGUAUAUAUCUCUAUAUAUAUAUCCCUAAUAUAAAAUGAUCCUAUAUGUACGACAACCCCCUCUUUUUCACGAUUGUUUUUGGGGGUAGGAACAUCGUUUUUGGAAAACAAUGUAUGUUAAUAUUUCUUAGCUAAAACGUCAAGAUAGCCUCAUUUCUUUUGACGUUUUAUCAGUGAGGAUCCAUGCUUUUUCGGACCACUUUUUUUGUCAUACUACAUGAACUCGUCCUAGACAACUGUCGAUCGGCCGAAGGAAAAACCGAAGGCCUCACAGAUGAGUUUGUCAACCUGACGUUCCUCAGUUUGAUAAAUGUCGGCCUAACAUCAGUCUCCAACAUACCAAGACUAGAAAAACUCAAAAAGUUGGAGUUGAGCGACAACAGAAUCAGCGGCGGCCUGGAGGUCUUAGCAUUGAAACUCCCCAACCUCACACAUCUAAACCUGAGCGGCAACAAAUUGAAAGAAAUCAGCACUUUGGAACCAUUGAAAAAGCUGAAACACCUGAAAAGUUUGGACCUGUUCAACUGCGAAGUGACCAACCUGAAUGAGUACAAGGACAGCGUCUUCAAACUCCUGCCCCAGCUCACCUACCUGGACGGCUAUGACAACGAGGACAAGGAAGCCUCCGACUCUGACGGAGAGGUGGACGGAGACGGCGUGGACGACGACGACGAUGAAGAGGGAGAGGACGAGGAAGACGAGGAUGGAGAGGAGGAAGACUUUGAUGAGGAAGAGGACAAUGAGGAAGAUGAAGAGGAGGUAGAGGGAGAAGAGGAUGACGAGGAGGUCAGCGGAGAGGAUGAGGAGGAAGACUACGGACCUCACGGGGAAGUUGAUGACGACGAUGAAGAUGAGGAGGAAGACGAUGAAGAGGCAGAAACCCACAAAGGUGAAAAGAGAAAGCGAGACCCGGAUGACGACGACGAGGAGGACGACGAGGAAGACGACGAGGACGAAGACGACGAGGAAGACUAUUAAAAGCAAAACGAGAGCCGACCAACCACCUCCUCCUCCCCCCCUACAAACCUGAACCUCCACCCCCUCCUACAACUUGCAGCCCCCACCCUCCUUCCCCUUCCCCAGCUCUGAGCCCUGUUUUUUGGGGCAAGACUGUACUGGAUGGGUGGGGUCGUGCGGAACAACCACCGCCCUCUCCCUAAAACCUACUUUUUUUCUUUUUUUUUUUUUUUUACCAUCUUUUGAACUGAGUGCCCCCACCACCACCACCACCACCACCCAACAGCCCCAAGGUUCUCAGGCAGCCCACCACUCAGCAUUCCACAUUUUCACUGUCAAAUCCCGCUUUAUGUAUCUCGUGUGAGGACUUUGGGAUUGGUCUAGUAUUGGGUCUGUGCUUUUUCCUGGUUUUGUUGGCGGAAUUUAUUAUUUUGUUGUUGUUGUUGGGUUUGAUGUUUCUUUUUUGUAUUAUUUUGUCUGUUUCCUUUUACCCCCUGCCCCAAU